CCAUCCGAUAACCACAGUCGGAAUUCAACUGGAGAAAGCCUGGUGUUAGAGUUUAGAUACAGGGUAGUGAAUUGAACACUAUUGCAUUAACAUUUAGUAGCGCGAGUAGUGUGAAUCAUUCAUUCAUUCAUUCAUUCGUAAUACAUAGUGUAGAUACUUACGGCUAUCGGUCAGUCCAGUGUGGAGUAGAGUAUAGACAGAAUAUAAUUUAAGUAAAUAAGAUAAAUUUGGAAACGACUAAGAGUGUGAGAGAUUGUGAAAUUAUUACAGUCACAGUUACAUAAAAUGAUGCAUCUAAAUAAUGGAUCACUGACAUCAUUAGGGUCCAAUAAAGAUAAAGAUUUACCACCAAUUCCUGGCAAAUCAGAUGAAGAUCAAGAUCACUUACUACAGGCCAAAACACUUAAAAGGAAAAAUUUUAAGAAGUUAUCUUUAACUUCAACUCCAUCAACAGAUUAUACUUAUGAUGAAUCUCCAUUAAAUUUUCAAACUAAUUCAUUACUUGAAAAGAGAAAUAAUAUAAGACCAGCUCCUUUACUUAAUUUAAAAAAUAAUAAUAAUAUUAAAGAUUCCUCCCUAAAUGAUCAAGAUCUGAUAAUAAAUCAACUUCAUAAUUUGGAUUUAUCAACUCAACCAACAUCUUCAACAACAAUUACUCGUAAACGUCAAACCAUAAUUUCAUCAAUUUCUCCAACAAAAUCAACAGCUUCUUCACCUUCAGAAAUAAAAUCUCAAGUAAUUCAUUCAAUAAAUCCUCCUGAAAAUUCCAAUAUUUCUUCUCCAAUUUCAACUUCAUCUUCAUUUAGAUUAAAUAAUAAUGAUUUAUUAACUCUUAAAAAUUUAGGUUCAGGUAAUUCAGGUAGUGUAUCAAAAAUUUUACAUAUACCGACUCAAAAGACUAUGGCUAAAAAAGUUAUACCAAUUGAUCUGGAAGCAAAAAUUCAAACUCAAAUAAUUCGUGAACUUCGAAUUUUACAUGAAUGUAGAUCUCCAUAUAUUAUUGAAUUUUAUGGAGCAUUUAUUAAUAAUAAUAAUACUAUUGUAAUUUGUAUGGAAUAUUGUAAUUGUGGUUCAUUAGAUAAAAUUGUUCAAUUAUGUCCUGAUGGACAAUUUCCCUUAGCAAUACUUAAAAAAUUAGCAUUUUCAAUAUUAUCAGGUUUAACAUAUUUAUAUACAACUCAUAAAAUUAUUCAUAGAGAUAUAAAACCAAGUAAUGUUUUAAUGACUCAUAAGGGAGAAUUUAAAUUAUGUGAUUUUGGAGUUUCACGAGAAUUAAAUAAUUCUUUGGCAAUGGCUGAUACAUUUGUUGGAACUUCAACUUAUAUGUCACCGGAAAGAAUUCAAGGUUUAACUUAUGGAGUUAAAUCAGAUGUAUGGUCAAUGGGGUUAAUGCUAAUUGAAUUAGCUAGUGGUAAACCAGUUUGGAGUGAAGAUGAUGGAAAUCCAAAUACAAAAUCGGCUGGACCCGAAGGAAUUCUAGAUUUACUUCAAAGAAUUGUUAAUGAAACUCCUCCUUCAUUAACUGGGAAAAUUAAUCCAAUUACUAAAUUAAAUUAUGAUGAUAAUUUAUGUAGUUUUAUUAAUUCAUGUUUAAUAAAGGAUGAUAAUGCAAGAAAAUCUCCCUGGGAUUUACUUGGAGAUCCUCAAGGAUUUUUACAGGGAGUAAGUGAAGGAUUAUAUGAUAAAGAUGUAAAAGUAUGGGCAAAGGGGAUACGGAAAUUACUGAAAGAUAAGUAAAUAGCGUACAUAUAUAUUAUAUAAAUUAUAUAGUAUAUAUUAUAUAUAAUUAAUUAGUUAGUUAGUUAGUUAUUAAUAUCUCCAUUGACUGAUCGAGCAAUCUCAACCCCUUGAAUCUUUUGAUUAUAAGCUUGACUAGGUUGUAAUUUCCGAGUCGAUCGAAUUUCAUCCAUAGCAUAACCCGGAAUUCUAAUAUUCCAAUUCUUUUCUAAAUGAAGUUGAAUAUCUUUAGCUUCAAUAGUAUCUACUUUACGAUGUUUAGCAAGUCUACAAGCAAAAGAUGUUACGGAAUUAAUAAACUCA